AUGCUUAUACGAGCGGAACUGCUGCCCAGACGGUGGCCAACUAUAGAACUGCCCGUCCUCCAAUUUUUAGCGCCCCGGGUCUUCCAGCUAUGGCCAUACCAGCACGGUUCACGUCGAAACUAUUCCGCAUCUCAACCUGUUCAGCGCGAUGAGGGUAUCGAUGGGUCUCUGUCGGAAUCUGCCUUUGGGCAUGAAAAUGAAAAUUGGCAGCAGGGUUGGAAGCAAGAAUCAUGGAGGCAGAAGUCGGUCGAGCCACCGGCGGGAGGCAGACGGGGUGUCAGGCGCUCUGGGCUUGUCAGACAUGUCCACGCGAAAAGAGGCAUUUUACCAAGAAAGAAGGGGGGCCUAAAUGAGGCCGAACGAUAUUUUUCCCAUCUAGAAAUCUUCCGGCAGUCUCCUCGCCGACCUCAAAAAACGUACCAGCGGUACGGCCUCCGAACUCAUGCGCCGAAAGUCAGCAGUUUGCAGAAUCCAUAUCCUUGCAAGGACGACCCGUCGCCUAUGCCCAUAUCGUUUCUACGAUCUUGCUAUCGUGUCUAUAGCAAAUAUCCUCCAUCGAAAGGCCGAGACAUGCGAUGGGAUCUGGUAACAGAGUUGAUUAGUAUGAGCACCUCCACUUCCAUACGCGAGAGAUGGAGGGAGGCUAUCCCACAUAGCGGUCCGUGGAUGGCAGUCAUAGCAAUAGCCAUGAGAGACUAUCCCCACAAGGCCCUGAAAGUCCUGAGCGGUACCUAUACAGACCCAUACCCUCCUGCUCCUGUUGUGGCCGACAGUCUUGACUUUAUCAUUUGGUAUUAUCUCGAUGGUACGAAACCAACUAGUGAUGGACCCAGCGUCUAUCUCUACAAGACAAUAACCAAAUUAUUACGGCAUGGUCCCCCAGAUUACGUGUAUCUGUCACAUCCUUCUAUACUCCUCCUCCUAUCACGUGUACCAACAGCCGAUCAUGUGGUAGAACUCUACCGGUCCCUAGAAGAAAUAAACAAUCCUUUUACGGCCGACACGCUUGCACAUUUUGCUUCUCGCCUAGCCGACUCGGGCCCAGCCUACCAGAAUAUAGCGUUUGAGAUUCUUCGGAGGAUUGGCGAUCUAAAAGAACCCUUCAAUUCCGGCAAAAUGAGGAGUAUUUGCACAACUAUGCUUCUAAACUCGAGCCGAGACGGGAAAGUCAGCCAUUCGGAGAUGUUUGAAUACAUGAUGAAGUGCGGAUUGGUACCGAAUGGCAUCAUAUAUAACGUUGUACUUUCGAAGAUGCUGGAAGCCGGGGAUUCUGUAGGAGGUUGGCGGCUCUACCAAAGGAUGAAGAACCAUGGGCCCAGGCCGAGUAACCGUACAUACUCAAUAUUGUUGAAUGAUGCUAAAUGUAGAAUGGAUACGAAUGACAUUCAGCGGGUGCUUACAGUUGUGAAAAAGAGUCAGAUUCGAAAUCGGUUCAUUGUCGCGGAUGCCCUUCAUUCAAUAUUACAUUUCGAUAAACAAGAGUCUUUACGAGCACUAUACGAAGCAGAACCCGAGCCUUACGAGACAAACCGCCGCCGCCCAACAUCCUUGGAGAAGAUGCUCCCAAUUUACUGCGAAUACUUCAGUUUUACACCCUUGGCGAAUCUCCUACCUGGGUUGGCGCAGCGGUUCCCCGAGUUCGUGGAACCACAAGAUUGCCCACGAUUAAUCCCAAUCCGCCCGCCUCCAGUGAUCAUUGUAAUUAUGGUCACUGCAUUUCUGAAGGAUUGCGUAGACCCAAAAUCACCAAAAGCGUUCUAUACCCAUUGGUGCAAAUUGGCACGGGAUGGAGAUCCACUUUUGAUUGCGCUCUCUAAAGUCCGUGACGGCUUCUAUUUUGUUCAUGUCUUUAACUUGGUCCUCAUGGCAUUAGGUCGUCAUGCUAUCAAUUUACCAACUUGUUUGAAGAUCAUCGGGGAGAUGAGUUCUUCAGGAAUUGGGCCCGCAGCUGGGGCAGAGCCAGCGGGAGUGAACAAGCCGGAACCUGUAUUGCGGCUGCCGAAGCCAGGUGUUGGUACUUGGAGCGUUCUCGCCCAAAUCUUCAUGGCCCAACGCCAACCACGGGCUGCCGAGAAAGUCCUCGCAAUGAUGAGGGAGCGAGGAAUACCACCCAACGAUGUCACGUGGAACAUCUUGAUAGCAGGCUACGUAAGAAUGCAGAACAUGCCGAUGAUAAUCGAUGCGGUGGAUCGAAAAGAACGCGCAGGCUGUCCACAUGAUCGGAUAACCUUUUCGAUAUUGAGACGCGUGGAGGAUCGGAGAUCGCUUUUCGAGGGCCUGCAGAAGAAGCAGAUGGAGACACUCCAGAGUUACCUAUUGGAGCAAGAGACUAGCGAGGGAGAAGGUAAAUCGGAUGAUAAGUUAGAAGAGGAUGUUGAUAGGGAGCAUGUUGAUGACGAGGAGCUUGUGGUUGAGGACAUGCCAUCUGCAAGUUGGUAUAGGACAUCUCUCGCCCCACUGGGUGAGAGUAAGAAUCAAGUAUAG